UGGCGGCCUCCAGGGUCUGUUUGCGCUUUUCAAAUUCAUUCUGCUUUUUAGCAUCAUCAAGACAUCUAAAACAGAUUUCAAAUAAAAUGAAUAAGAUAGGAUGUACGUCUUUAUCUGCAGUUCAGAGGAGARCAUUGCACAUAUCAGAAAAGACGAACAAAAACGAUAAAUUUAAUUUAUCAAAUCAAAGUAAGAGAAAGAGAAAGUUUAGAAACAAUGAAAAGCAGAAAGACUCGGUGCCAGGUAAGCUACAAACCUUCCAGUUGGACUCAUUACCAGGAAGUACAACUACCAAUACCACCCAUAACAUCAGACAGGAUGCAUUAGCAUCCACAUUACAACAGGCCAUGGCUAGCUUACUCGAGGGUAAUGAAGUUGAUCCCAGACUUUUAGACUGUAACAUUGAGAUAACAAAGGUGAAGAUAGCACGUGACUGUGGUCAUGUGACAUUUUACUGGAGGUCUGAUGGAGAUGGUGCUAAUGAUAAUAUAGAAAAACUGCUUCAAAGUAAUCAAAAUGCUAUAAGAUUGUUGUUACCUAGUUACCACCACCUUAAUAUUUCACCAAGAGUCAUAUUUAUGCCUGAUAAGCAGGCACAAUACCUGGCUGAUGUGGACACAUUAUUGAUGAAAACAAGACAGCAAGAUGAUGAGGAAUAAGACUGGAUGGAUCUGUCACCAUUACUGGCUCUUGGGUGGUCGCUUACGGGAGAGGAAAAACAAUGAAAAAUUCCAAAAUUUUAACCCCAAAGGUGGUCGCGGUCGCUUACGAGAGUGGUCGCUUACGAGAGAGUUUUUUUAACAGAGUUUAUAUGGGGAACAAAACGGGAAAUUCAAAAGGUGGUCGCUUAUGGGAGAUGGUCGCUUACGAGAGUGGUCGUUCAAAGAGACUAUUUAAAUAAGACAAGUAAGCACCAUCUUAAGAGGCACGUUUGCUGAUACAAACCAAUUUUAGACAGUAGUAUGGGUAAAUAUGAUUAUUAUGUGAGAUUAGGCGUAAAACACCCUUCUAAUCGAGCUCUGUGAUUGGCUAGUUUUAUCGUUGCUUUUCAUUGGUCCAGGGAAAUARUUAUAGGUGUCAUUAUUAUUAUUGUUGUGAGAUUAGGUGUAAAACACCCUCCUAUUCAAGCUCUGUGAUUGGCUUGUUUCUUUUUUCAUUGAUUUUUAUUGGUCCAUAGGAAGAGCCAUUUAAAUGUCGUGAUAGUGCUUUAUUGUAGCGUGGUUUGUACAUGUAGACACUAAAAACCUUUUCUAUCAAAAAGCAAAUAAAAUCUAGGCAUAAAAAUUACACGGAAAUAAUAUGAAAAAUAAGUAAGCAACUUUGCAGGAUUGACCCUGUGUUUAAUUGUUUUCAAGUCUCCUUUGUAUUUGCUAAUUUCCUGAGCAUGCGCUUUACCUUAAGUGUGAUGAGUAGCGUGACUUGUGCCAACGGCGAAAUUAAGUAACGACAAACUUUUCUUUGGUGAAGAAUUCCCUUUCAUUGAAUUCGUUCGUUUCUUAAAACUAGAUUUGCAGUUACGCCCCUUGACACGAUUCACUGAACUGAGAAAAUCUUGAAUUGAAGUUUGAAAAACAAAGGUCGCGAUGCUAAAAAUUUCAUAGAAGUUGAGAUUAAAAUAAUGUUUUCGAGGUCGGGAUUUGAUUGAAUAAUUUUCUUAGAAAGUUGAGAUAUAAAUCCUAAGUUGACUGUCAUAUAACUGCCAAAUGGCUUCCCGUUCAAGAACCCUGUUGGUGGUUGACGUUUUUCUUGCUCUUUGAUUGGCUCCUCCGGAAAGYCAUUUAAAAGUCAUUGUUCCCCUACUUAUUAUUUUGUAUGUUAUAAAUAAAUAAUGCUUAUUCAGAUCUGAGCAAGUCUACGCAAUAAAUUCGUAUGCGAUUUUGACGAACGAAAUAUAAAAUAUGAUCUUGUUACUAAAAGGAUUUCUUUAUUGUGGUAGCAAGAAAAAAGUUUUUUAUUGUGGCGUUCAGGGGAAUCUGCAGCCGUUGUAUCAAAAUUAUAUCCACAGGGGUAGGGUAGAGGGAUUAUUGUACUAAUGUCAAUGAAACUUGCGUUUGCUUGUAAAGUGGUCUCCCGUCAAUAAAACGUCUUGACAGUG